UGAAGAGCUACUUAAAACCUUGAGGCACUGAACAGCUUAGCUUCAUUUGAGCAAAAGGAUUAAAUUCAUUUGAAUGUGAUUUUAUAAUUUUACUCGUGUGAUAUGUGAUAUAACCUUUCUUCAAACCAAUUGAAGUUUGGAAACUAUAAAAUAAGUUAUUACACAAUUACCUUUUUCUGUUUCCAGGAUUCCGCACAUUAACUUACCACUUAUUCGAUUUAUCAAAUGACUGGACUUCGGUUUUUAAAUGCCAGUAAAUAGGAAAAGCCAAUGAGGAUUGUAUUGUUUGGCAACGAAGCGAUGGUGUUUCCAAACAGGAGUGCUAACAUUUAGUUUAAAAUAGUCAUCGUCUAUGUUGUUCAAAACCAAAAUGUUCGGAAAUAUAGCUAUUAAAACUAAGAACUACUCAAAAUAUGAGUUAUUUAUUAAAAUUUAGCAUAAUAGAUCAUUUCUGAAUCUACAAAACAUUUACAGCAAAACGCACAAUCUCAUAAGGUCCCAUAUGAAUCUUCAUUUUAAUGAUUUUGUAUUAGUUGUUGGCCUUUUUUAUCUUCAGAAGUGAAUCCACAAAAACUAAUUUUCCUUCUAAUUUGACUGAACAUGUGUGCAAUUAACACCAAACCUCAAGUCACAAAAACGAUAGAUUUUUCAGUGAUUUUUGUGGGAUCUAUUCGCGGUAUUGCUAUAUACAGAUAUCGUAGAUCAUAGACUGUCCUAAUUCAUAACAACUGUCAUUCAUCUGUACUUGCUUUCGAUUUCUAUUAUUCUGAAUGAUGGUAGUAGAAGUCAGUCAGUAUUCUGGACUUUAAUCGUAACAGCUCAGCAACUGUGUUUAGAAACAAUAAAUCGCACUAACGAAACUCUGCCUACCACCUAUUCUUUUCAAACAAUUCACAUCGGGUUCCAAACACUUAUGGCUUUUAUAUCUGCUAAGGUCUGUUUACAUAGUUAUCAAGCAGAUACUGAUUUUCCAAUCAGUAUCUGAUAUAACUUAUGAUAAUUAUAUCUUACAGUUAAAGUUUUCUUGAGCCAGUAUAUAAUCAACUCUUCUAAAAUGACAUGUUUUACCACUGAAAUAUCGAUAUAUCACUUUGCCCUAUAGCUCCACUAGUCUGAGAGUAUUGUCUGUUAGGCAUGUAUUCCAUUAGUUUUCUGUUUCAAUAUAUGUCGUCACUCUAUUUUAAUUGAGUGUUAUGCCUUUCAAAAUGCUUUGGUGACAUAUUUAACUAUUUAAAACUACAGAGAUGAGGUACUUCCCUACCAUGCAUAAUUGAAUGGUUUUAUUACUAAAUUAAUUGGCUUCAUUGAAUAUUUUACAUAUAAUCUUUAUUUCAAAGAGGAUCCGAAAAUUAUGGCUAGUAUUUCUACUUUGGAGAAUUUCAUGAUAAGUUUUGAAACCUCUAGGAAGUUAAAAGUUACGGCGAUAACACAAAUAACCUCUCAUAUUAGAUCCCACUGUGAUUUAGUCGUUUAGAUCUGCACGUACUAUUAAUUAGGCUCUAUUUUAAAGCUUAUCAAUAUCAUUUCCCUAACUAUGAUUGUAGAUUUGGUAAUUGUACUUGCAGUCAUGAGUGGCUAUAUUCAUGUUUUGUUUUAUCAACCUAUAAAGACCUUUAUAUCGUUAUCUAAAAAUCCAUGCGGAAUUUUGAAUGUCAAUGACAUUGAUUGAAGUUCGAUACUCAUAACUCUUGUUGUUUGCUCAGACAUAUUUCCGUUCUCUAGGAAGUAAUACGUUUAAAGGUUCUAACAUGGAAUUUAUAUACUGGCAUGUGCAUACGUGUGUAUACAUGGACAUUUGAUCAAGAGAUUUUAAUUAAGCAAAUAACACAUAUUUAACCAAGGUUUAACAAAAAGAUUUAAUUGUUUUUGAUAAUUUUUCAAUUUAACUAGUACUACUGAAUAAUUCACUAAGUAGUCAAGUGAAUACAUAUAUGGUGUUUAUGGUUUGAGGCUUUCUGAACGUGAUUCAAACAAUUGAACGAAAACUUGAAUUCUGGUUGAAAUUUAAACUAUCUACAUCAGUUAUUUCAAUUAAAGGUACUGUCAUUGAAAUACGUAACGACCUUGAUGACCUCUGAAGACUAUGAUGAAACUAAUAAUUUCACAUGUGGUUUAUUCUCUUAGUACUGAGAUAUGUGCUACUGAUGUCGACAGAUAUAAGUAGUAUGUAUCAUCGUUCGAAAGCGAAGUGCCUGGAAGCAGAAGGUUAAGAAGUUCAAAGAAAAGAGAACGAGGACAAAGAAUGAUUGGUGUGGAAACGAAAGAACAAUAAAGUGUGAGACGAUUGAUUGACAUUUUGCGAAUGAAGUAUUUACUGUAUAGUUCUUAGAUUUUAAUAUGUUCAGUAAGUGUGUGUUCAAAUGCAUUCUAUUGCCCCCACCUGUGUUCACGUUAACUACAUUACUUCAGGUCGAUGUUCACCAUUUGUAUGACUUUGAAAAUUGUGCUAAAAGUUUUAGUUCCGCAUCCUAAAUAUGAGUUCCAUCAAACUUGAAGGGAUAUCAGUUUAUGAUUUAAGCCUUCCACACAUUUGAUGACAGACUUCCAUCAGGUCGUAUAGUAAAACUCUGGGAUAUUACAGAACCGUUUCUAUUCUGUAGUAACUUAAUGAAAUAUGUGUUUAUUUGCAUUUUACUGAUUGGUUUAUAUCGUUUCUUUUACUUAAAAUUAUCUAUUGUCUUUUGACUUUCACAGUUUCAUUCUUGUCAAAAAUAGAACCGUUUUAACAGUCCAACAAACUAUCCAUGUCUUCAUGAAUUAUGUACAAACAAAAUUGUUCAUCUCCAUUGAAUUUCAAUGUUUAGGUUAUGUAAUACGCAAUGACGUCAACAUUUAUCCUAGUACAUUUUUUUUCCAGCUCUAAUUGUAUUUUCUGAUGGACGUUAUAUUGGUGCAAUACUUGAUCGUAAUGGUCUUCGCCCAGCUCGUUUUUAUGCAACCAGUGAUGAUAUGGUGUAUAUGUCGAGUGAAGUUGGUGUAGUCGAUAUACAACCUGAUGUGAAAAUCAUACAAAAAGGUCGCCUAAAAGCUGGACGUUUAUUGAUUGUCGAUACAGAAAGUGGACAGCUAUUAGAUGAUGAAUCACUAAAAUCCAAAAUUGCUACCAAACACCCUUAUGAUGUUUGGCUUAAAGAAGGAGUAAGCAGUGUUCAUUUAUGAUAAAGCACUGUUUUUUAGAACUUAUAUUUUAGAGUGUUUGUUCAUUGACUGAUUCGAUUUAAGGUUAAUAAUUGUGUGGUAUACUUAUAAACAGGACACUUCACCUACCUCGCUUUGAACCACAACUUGUUUGAAUUCUAGUGAUUCCAAAUUCAAUUUUGCUUUAAAGUUAUGUGUUUAAACACCCAAACUACUGAUCCAAUUAAUUUACAGAACCAGAUAACCUUUAAUAUUAAAACAUAACAUAUCAAGCCAGUUGGAAGAUUUUGAAUUUGAGUGAAAAACAGAAGUAAAUUUGACCAACGUGGUGUAUGCUUUUUACAUGACAGACAGUAGGCUUUUUGGACAUUAAUUUUAAACUUUUCGUUAACAAUAGUAGUGUGGUGUGUGCUACUUAUAUUGACAUAAGUAGUAUAUGAUGUUAGUCGUGAACAGAACGUCUGGCAGCAGAGAGACAAGAGGAUCGAAUAGCUAAGAAUGGAGCAGGAUGCAAUUUGUAUGAAAAUGCAAGAACAAUAAAGUCUGGGUCAUUUUAAGACAACUGGGGAACAUUUUGCAAAUUAAGCAUUUACUUUAUGAUUGUUAUAUUUUAUUAACGAGUCCUAUAAUUUUGUGUUAAAUACAGUCGAUUGUUCCUCGCUGGUGUUCGUGUUCACUACUGUAGUAACGCACUUUACGGGUUUUGUUUUUUCAUUUAUUGGUAUUUCAGACAUGAUGUAUGUUCAAAGUGAUAUAUUAAGUUGUGUCUGGUAAUGCUAAUAGAAUAAUUCAUUGUGCUAAAGCGUGUUUCAUCUCAAUAUAUUAAAAAAGAUGUCAUUACAACCUGGAACUUUUGAAAAGCUUUUAUGACACUCAUAAAUCCAAAUAUACUCUUUCAUGGAAGGCCUUCAUCAGAAAUUCGGUUAAGGUCACAUCACAAAUGUUUGCAUGAAUUAUGUAAACUGUCUCGUCAGUGAGGGGACUUGGGAUUUCGUUCAUGAGAUAUUUUAUUGGUAGUUCACCCUUACGGGUAUUAAGGAUGAUUUGAUUAACUUAUAAUUCAUAAAGUACAAAGAUGUGGCAGAUGGACAAUAAAAGAAAUUUCAACUAGUCUAUUGUCGUCGGAAUCUUUUUCAAGUUUAAUUCCUAGUCCUCAUAUAAUUAAUGUGGUCCUGAUACUUAGUAAAUGAGUUUGCAUUUGAUUGAUACAUUAAAUUUAGUAGUCUAUAAGAACUUUUUAAUUCCUAUUCUGUCAACUGUUGGUUGUUUGGCCAAUAUUGGCUUCUGUCAAAAGCCCUUGCAUUCAAACUUACGUUUACAACUCAAACAAAACUCACCAUAAAUCAUUUAUAAGAAUUAUUAUGAAGUUUUUUCCCUUGAUGUUUGUUUUUUGAUGAUAGGCUCUUGAUUUGCCUGAGAUGCAUAGGGCUUUUGCGAAUUCCCCUGAACACUAUAAGAGAAUCUCAACACUCGAGCCCUCAAUCAUUGACGAUCGUCGCCUCCCACUAUUUGGGUAUAAUCCAGAAAAUAUCAAUCUUCUAAUUUUGCCCAUGUUGAAAACUGGGUGAGUUUAUUCAAGUUAUUUUCAUUUAUGUAUUUAAAAAAAUAUACAUAGCUUAUACACAUAGCUUUUAUUCAUAGAAUUAAACAUGAUUCAGAAGAGUUAGGGGUUAUCUAUUCAUCUUUGUUAGCUAUGUAAUAUCGAUAGCUGUUAAAUUGUUUUCCUCAGUCUUAUUCUUUAUUAGUGAUGUUUGUUUCAUUUACAUUAUGUGAUAUACGUGAAAAUAGAUAUCAAAAACUCAAUUGGUUACUUUUCCGUAGAGGAAAACACAAAGCUGUUUUAAAAAGCGAUGUUCAUGCAUCUUUUCUUCUGAAAUAAAUCCUAUUCCAUUCCCAUCUCCGACUCUUAAUAUAGCAUUAUCAGAAAAAUAAUGAAAUGUACUGACGUAAAGUUUGUCAAUGUAUGUAUCAACUUCAUUCGAAUAUUUCUUAGGGUUUUCCGUUUCUAACUUGAUCCAUGAUUAAUGAUCAUGGAAUGUUGAGAAUUUACUCGUUCGCUUUCUCUGUUUUUUUUUUACAUUUAUGAGCUAAAUUGACUAUGAUGCUAAAGGCUGAACAGUUUCAGCCUAAUUUGCACAAAGACACACACUAGAGUUUUCGUGUAUAGUAGUGAAAGUGGGUGUGAUUUGUUACUGAACAAAGAGGUAUACAGCUUACCAACUGUUAAAUGCAUGAUAUCCUUUCCUCUUAUUGGUUUCUACUUCGAACGCACCGAGAGUGGCCGCUUGUGAUUAUGGAGAACACUGUUUUGCUUCAUAAAUCGACAUAUUUACUGACAAGCCAUUCUGUCCCCUGACAUCUCUUCAGUGGGAGCUUUUCGUUUUAAUAAACAGGGUUUGCGAGAAGCUAUCACCCUGCCACAUUAGUAAUUCAAGCGAUCGAUCGCAAUGAACACAAUUCAUAGCAUUUUGUCUAUUAUAACUUAUGAAAAAAAAUCGAAAAUUCAGAAUGAUUUAACGAAAUUUACAAUCCUGCUUUUUAUUUACUUAGCAAAUAAACCAAUUAUGAACAGUUUUUUAAACUUGCUUUUGUUACUAAUAUCCACUGAUGGAUCAGUUUUUUAAUGAUUUACCGAACGCAUAUGGGCAGCAUUAUUCUUUCAAAUUUGAUUUUAAGUAUAUGAAACAUAGAAGAGCAAAGCGGAAAAAGUGACCUUUUUUAGUUUUAAGUGAUAACUUUAAUUCUGUUUUGCGUUUUGUUUUAUGCAUCUACCAAACAAUACACUGUUGCUCCCAGAGUUUGUAAACACAAGAUGAAAUGUCGAAUAAAUCUAGAUCUUGAAAACAUGUGUGGGGGGAGGCUAGUAAUUCGUGAUAAUUCAUAAACGGAACGAAAAGCAUUUUGAAUUUGCUUUAUGAUUCCGGUCUGACAAAUGUUUACUUGUAAAUAAAAUCUUAGAUAAUAAGUUUACCUCAUUGUUUGGUUUUCGCUUUGUGACAAUCGACAAAAAUAACCUUAAAUAUGAGAGUAUGACAUCACUAUUAUUGAUUUAAAGCAUAUAAUCCUUUGGUUGUAGACAAAACCUGACAAAAGACAAAGACAUAUUUAUAAUAUUAGUAUCAACUAACUUAUAAAACUAUGUAACUGGAAUUUCAUACACCGUGAAAUUAAUAACUUCAAUUAUAAAAUAUCGUAUCGUUCCUGAAACUAAUAAUUCCGAACCAUUUUAUUUAUUCAAGCAUAUAAACAUGGUUACUCUGUUUCAGCAAAGAAGCUCUAGGAUCUAUGGGGAAUGAUGCUCCACUGGCUUGUUUAUCUGAACAAAAUCCCCAUGUAUUUGACUAUUUUCAGCAGUUAUUUGCUCAGGUCACGAAUCCUCCUAUCGAUCCGUUUCGUGAACGCAUUGUAAUGACAUUGGUAAGUAUUCUUUUAAAUAGAAUAUUAAAUCGUCCAGAUGUCUUCUCAGUGUAUAAUAUUUUGAAAAAAAACGAAUUCCUGUGCAAUUAAAUAACUCAAAAUCGACAGUCUUCCAAAAAAGGCCAACCGGAACUCAAUGGGAAUGUGCUUUUAUCACACAAAUCGGAAUCGAGGUCAACUUGAUUCAGAUUCUGAAAACACUACAUAUAUAACCAAACUCCAGUCAUACAGUGAAAUCAACUAUAAUAAUAUGUACUCACAUUCUGUUCUUUUCUGCAGCUACUUACAUGUAUGCUGCUGAUAAACAUACAUACAUACAAGCAUAUUACAUUUCAAUAAAACUAUAAGCGGGAGAAUAACUGGAAGUUUUCAGUAAAAAUGUGUAAAAGGAUUUAAUAAGUGAAUUUAUACAGAAGGCGGGAUUUGAGUGGAAGAUUAAUAAGUCUUCUAAUGGAACGCUAAUUGCUAUAUCUGGUCUUCGCUGAUUAUUAUGUCGGAAUCGCUUAUCAUUCGAAAACGAGGAGGCACUGCAAUUCACACGACAUGAAACUAAGACUGAUACAAGUGAAGAUUUAGUAACCCUGAAACACGACGACCCUACUCGAAAAUACACUAAUUUAUAUAUUGAUUUGUACAUCCAUUUUGAUUAAUGAUUAGGAUGAAAUCAUAUAUAUGAAAAAUACUCGCAGUUAUAACUAAAUCACAUGCUACAUGUCAUGCUGUGCAUAGUUUAUGUCAAUUGAAUACAAGAAUAUCGUAUGUCAUACAGAAUAAAAUAUCAUACUGGAAAACGAAAUAAAUACUACACAAAGUAAUUAUCACAUUGAAGUAAAGAGGAAGUAAUGUUGAACAAAAGAUCACAAUGAGUAAAUCAAUGUAAUUUUGACUUUUCUUCCCGUCAUAUAAAAGAUACUGGUUAAAGCUAUUCAAUCAAUCCAUUAGCACCUCUGCUAAAUACAGUAACAAAGUAGAUUAUGAAUUUAAAUUAAUAGGGCGAGAAAUAAAGCUAAUGAGAGUUGAGUUAAUACGAGUUAGUAAAUUGAUUAGGAUUAAGGUCUUGAGAGGAAAUUGAUAAAUCUUCUAAAUGAAUUCUAGAUCCCGUUUCCGAAGCUCUUCUAGUAAUCCCCUGUCUAAAUCUACAUGGCUAGUUGAACACGAGAGGAAAAGCGCGAAAUAUGGAAAAACGCCUUAAUCCAAGGUUUGUUUAUGUACAAAAAACCUAGGGUAUUUAUAGUAUUUCGGAUGGCUUCGGGCUUUCGGAAAUUUCUGGAACGUUACAAAACAUCGUAGCAGUAUAGGUAAUCAUUCAAUCAGAAAUGUGACAUGUGGCCUUUCACUUUCUAUAUGUUUCUGGCAAACUUCUAUUGAAUGCUGAUUGGGUAAGAUGUUUCUCAACGUUUUCAGGGCCUUUUUUCCGGGCUUUUUCCCGAGGAAUUUUCUGGGUCUCCGUAACGGAAACUACAAAUUAGAUAACAGAUUUUGGUGUAAGAGAGAAAAUAGACAAGGUAUAUACCCCAUUUCUUAUGGGACAGUAACUGUCUUUUAGGCUACGCAUAUUUAGUGGUGCCUUCAAGUAUCAUAAGAUUACUAACUUAUUUAAUGUUGUGGUUUACAAAAAUCUUUCGGAUUUCUAAUAUUUUCAUUUAGUUUAAUUAUGUAUAAAAGACUUCUUUCUUGUAAGGCGAGAAGUUAAACAAAUUACUAAUGAAUACUUUAAAGUAAUUUUUAGUUCAGCAUAUUUAUGAUUAUUUAGGUACAGUUUAAUUUUAUCCAUCUCUUUUCCACUAAUUUCUAGAUGUGUCCUAUCGGACCACAGAAAAAUAUCUUGAUUCCAUCCAGAGCACAAACUCAUCGUUUAUGGCUUGCGAAUCCGAUUUUAUCAUUGAAGGAUAUGGCUUUAUUACGUUCACUAGGAGGCAAUCCUCCAUCACAACCUGAGGAUGUGAAAAUAACAAGUACUGUUCUCUCAUGGCGUAGUGUUAUUUUGGAUGCUACAUUAUCUGUACAUGAAGGGUCUGAAAAAGUUUCAUUGGGAUCAAAACUGUUCCACUUUCUACAAGAUCUCUGUGAUAAGGCCGAGAACGCAGUUUUACAUGAUAGUGUGGAUUUGUUAAUAAUUUCUGACAGGGCAAGUAGUCGAGAUCGGCUUCCUGUUCCAAUACUGUUAGCUGUCGGGGCGGUACAUCAACGUCUAGUUCGUCGUGAGCUUCGUAUGAGGGUUGGUAUAAUUGCGGAAACGGGUGAAUCAAAAGAAGUUCAUCAUUUUUGUACACUUAUUGGUUUUGGUGCAGAUGCAAUAUGUCCUUACUUGAUUUUCGAAUCUGUCUCACGUUUAAACUAUGAAGGUCUUCUAACAUCAGCUACAGUUGUGAAUGAAGAAGAAUUAUAUUCAAGUUUCAUAACAUCUGUUGAACGCGGUAUACUUAAAGUUAUGGCUAAAAUGGGAAUCUCAACAUUGCAUAGCUACAAGAGUGCUCAGAUCUUUGAAGCUGUUGGCUUAGCACAAUCUGUGAUUGAUAUGUGUUUCUGUGGCGCCGUAAGUCGUGUAGGCGGAGCAGAUUUCGAAAUAUUAGCAAGAGAAGUUACCGCACGUCACCAACUAGCCUUUCCAGAAUGUCAAACACUUUGUACUAAAGUACUUGAAAAUCUUGGUCAGUUUGGGAAUAAUCCUGGAUUUUAUCACUGGAGAUUUGGUGGAGAAAAUCAUAUGAACAGCCCAGAGGCAAUAGCGAAACUUCAGGCUGCAUCUCGUAAUAAUAGCCAUGAGGCUUACAAAAUGUUUGUCCAAGUCGCCGAUGAAUGUUCGCGUCACUGCACUCUACGUGGACAGCUAGAUUUUAAUUAUUCGGAAAAGCCUUUACCGUUGGAAUUAGUGGAAUCGGCUGCAGAAAUAGUAAAACGUUUCUCUACAGGUGCAAUGAGUUUGGGAAGUAUUUCUUCAGAAGCUCAUACUGCUUUAGCUAGGGCUAUGAAUAAACUUGGUGGACGUUCGAACACUGGUGAAGGAGGUGAGCUACCAGAACGUUAUAAGAAUCCUGAAAUAUGUUCUGCUAUAAAACAGGUUGCUUCAGGACGUUUCGGUGUGAAUAGUUCAUACCUAGCCCAUGCUGAAAUGCUGCAAAUAAAGAUGGCUCAAGGUGCUAAACCUGGUGAAGGUGGUGAAUUACCAGGCUAUAAAGUUACCGAGGAAAUCGCUAAUACACGUUAUUCAGUGCCUGGUGUGGGUUUGAUCAGUCCACCACCACAUCAUGACAUUUAUUCAAUAGAAGAUUUAGCUCAGCUCAUUUAUGACUUGAAAGCAGCCAAUCCAUUUGCUGUGGUUAGUGUUAAACUGGUAUCUGAAAUUGGAGUCGGUAUCGUUGCUGCUGGUGUGGCAAAGGCUCGCGCAGCACAUAUAACAAUUUCUGGUCAUGAUGGUGGUACUGGUGCUAGUAGUUGGACAGGAAUCAAACAUGCUGGACUUCCAUGGGAAUUGGGUAUUGCAGAGACUCAUCAAUCCCUAACCAGUCAACAGGCGCGUUCACGAGUGAAACUACAGGUUGAUGGACAAAUACGCACAGGACGAGAUGUGGUCAUAGCAUGCAUUCUGGGAGCUGAUGAAUUCGCAAUGUCAACUGCACCACUUAUUGUAUUAGGUUGUACAAUGAUGCGUAAAUGUCAUUUGAAUACUUGUCCAGUGGGAAUAGCCACACAAGACCCAGUUCUACGAAAGAAAUUCGCUGGUAGCCCAGAACAUGUCAUCAACUACCUAUUUCUUUUGGCUGAAGAGGUUAGACAAUACUUAAGUCGUUUAGGUGUAUCUUCAUUGAAAGAAAUUGUUGGACGUACAGAAUAUCUAAAGCAUAGAAAGCCUUGUUUAACUGCAAAAUCUCAGCUGCUUGACCUGAGUCGUUUAAUGAUUAAAACGGAACCAGAUGAAGUGCAUUAUGGUUCAUUAAGACAAAGUGAUUCAGUGAAAGAUUUCCGUGAAAAUCCAACAACAUUGUCAUUUGCCGAUCUCUUGCCAGCUGAUCGUCGUUUAGAUAUAAUAAUAUUACGCGCUGCUCAUAAAUUAAUAGAUACUCCAGAAAAUGUGGAACUCAGUCCUUCUGAAUCAGUAGUAUAUGUGACCGAAUCAAUUAGUAAUUCGGAUCGCACAGUUGGCACUACACUAAGUUAUGCCAUUUCAACCAGUUUUGCUGAAAAAGGAUUACCGCGUAAUAGACGGAUUAUAGUAAAUGUUAGUGGCAGUGCAGGUCAGAGUUUAGGAGCUUUCCUUGCUCACGGCGUUCAUAUUCGCCUGGAAGGCGAUGGAAAUGAUUAUGUCGGGAAAGGUUUAUCAGGUGGAAAGAUUACAAUCGUUCCACCCAAAGAGUUAUUAAAAGAAAGAUUUAAAUCAGAAGAUAAUUUAAUUGUCGGUAAUGUUUGCUUAUAUGGUGCCAUAGAAGGAUGUCUCUUUAUAAGGGGACAGGCAGCUGAACGAUUCUGCGUACGCAAUUCCGGAGCUACUGUUGUUGUUGAGGGUGUUGGUGAUCAUGGUUGUGAAUAUAUGACUGGAGGCCGUGCUGUUAUACUUGGACGUACUGGACGUAAUUUCGCUGCUGGUAUGUCAGGUGGUCUAGCCUUUGUUUAUGACCCACUUGGGUUGAACGGAGAUUUUGUAAAAAAGUGCAAUAUGGAACUAAUCGAUUUGGAGUUGAUGAAUUCACAGAAUACAUACAGUGGUUGGCUUAAAGAAAUACUGGUUGAAUUUGUAAAAGAAACCGAUUCACAAGUCGGAGCAGAUAUUUUGGCAAACUGGAAUAAAUCCAUCAAUCAUUUUGUACUUGUAUUUCCACGUGAUUAUAGAAAUGCAUUGGCCAAACUUAAAACUUCCACAACUGUUACUGAUCCCAAGGUGCAAAAAACUAGUCCUAUUGUUGAUAGUAACAAAAAACAAACUAAAGAUAUUGAAGAUGUAAUUGGUGAUGAGCCAGCAGAGAAACUAGAUAAAGUGCGUGGCUUUGUCAAAUAUGCCAGACAGAAGCAAAAUUAUCGUCCAGUUGAAGAACGUCUGAAAGACUGGGAAGAAGUCUACGCUCUAAAACAAAUACGCGAAGGUUUGGUCAAACAGGCUGCUCGCUGUAUGGAUUGUGGCGUGCCAUUUUGUCAAUCAUAUGUUGGGUGUCCUCUUGGCAAUCUUAUUCCAAACUGGAAUGAUUUAGUAUUUAAGGGUGAUUGGCACGCUGCUCAUAUUGCUUUAGCACAAACCAAUAACUUCCCUGAGUUCACAGGUCGUGUAUGCCCAGCACCUUGUGAAGGUGCUUGUGUACUUGGUAUAAACUCUGAUCCAGUGACUAUAAAGCAUAUCGAAGGUACCAUUGCAGACAAAGCCUGGGAAAAUGGCUGGUUACAUCCUAUUCCUGAUGAGAAUCGUAUGCCAACUGGUAAACGUAUUGCAAUUAUUGGUAGUGGUCCGUCCGGUUUAGCUUGUGCAGAUCAACUAAAUAAGGUUGGACACGAUGUACUAGUAAUCGAACGAAGAAACUUACCUGGUGGUUUGCUACGAUAUGGAAUUCCAACUAUGAAACUUUCCCGUGAAGUUCUAGAUCGCCGAUUAAAUCUAAUGAAAGCUAAUGGCGUUAAGUUCGAGUUAAAUACACGGGUCGGUAAUGAUGGACAACCUUCAGAACCCAGAGAUUUAAAUUCCGUUUGUCGCGAUCCAGCAGAUAGUGAAAACAUUUGGUCAGCUAGAAAACUACUGGAUGAAUUUGAUGCAAUAGUUUUAUGUUUGGGUGCCACUUGGCCUCGGGAUUUGAAUAUUCCAGGUCGUCAACUUCAAGGUAUUCAUUUUGCUAUGAGUUUCCUUGAACGCUGGCAACGUUAUCAACACAAGAAUAAGAUAAAGCAUACAUAUUUUGAUCUUCAAAAUGAUAAUAAUUUUGAUUGUGAUUCUGUGGCUGCAUUAGCCAAAGGUAAACGUGUAGUUAUACUCGGUGGGGGUGACACAGGUGUUGAUUGUAUUGCUACAUCUGUACGCCAAGGAGCUGAAAAUAUUCGUGUGUUUGAGAUUCUCCCACCACCACCAAUUAAUCGUGAUAUUAAUGAAAACCCAUGGCCUGAAUGGCCUCGCAUAUGGAGAGUAGAUUAUGGGCACUCAGAAGUUGCUGUUCGUAUAAACGGGGACCCAAGACAAUUUAAUACAAUAACUAAAGAAUUUCUAGACAACGGGAAAGGAUCAGUAGGCGGGAUACGUACUACUAAAGUUGCAUGGACCAAAUCAAGUACCGGGAAGUGGUUAAUGAAUGAAGUACCAAAUUCUGAAGAAACAUUCGAAUGUGAUUUGGUCUUACUGGCUAUGGGCUUUAUGGGACCUGAAACUACAUUAAUCAAGGAAUUUGAACUAGGUUUAACUAGUCAGUCAGUAAUUCAAGUUCUACCCGAUAAACCAUACACCACACGCAUUCCUAAGGUUUAUGCUGCUGGAGAUUGUCGACGUGGGCAAUCUCUCGUGGUACAUGCAAUUAACGAGGGCAGGCUUGCAGCACGUCAAGUGGAUCUUGAUUUAAUGGGUAAAACACAACUUCCAGGCCCUGGUGGAAUAAUAAAAACUGCGAAUUUAAGAUAAAUUUACAGACUAUUUAGAUGCUUUUGCUUGCGCGCUUCUUUACACAUACACAUAUUAACUUUAAUUUACUGCAACGGAUCUGACUAGUGCUCAGAAAGGACGCCUAGAAUAAUCGUUAUCUUCAUCCUUACGUUUGCUGACUUCAAACCUAUUCUCUGAAUUAAUUUCAUGAUACGAAGUUGCUUUUAGUAAACUCGUUUAAUUUCAUCUUAUGUUAAACAUUUUGUUAUUGUGAAAAAUAUCCAUAAAAUUUAGAAGUUGUUCUACUUUAUGGGAAACGCUAAUUGAGAGAGAAUCAACAAAUGUGUUAUAUUCGGUUUACUUUAUAUUUCUGUAACAGUUAUCCUUUUGAGGAGAGUUUCACAUGACUCUGUUGAAGUAUGAUGACGUACAUCUAUAUACAUAGAUAGAUAAUCUAGAAUAUCCUUUUUGAAAUUUUCUUCACUUUUUUAUUCGAUCACCAGAAUUUCUUCAGUAAGUGAAGUACACAGGUCUCGUCUCCUGUGACAUUCAUUCUCGGCAUUCCAUCAUAAAAUAUAUAAUCUGUCUAGUACAUCAUUUUAUUUCUCGAUAUAGUUAUAUUCAGUGCUGAAUUCUGUUUAGUCUUUCUUCUGUUUAAUGUGUGUGAUUGUCUAUAUGCUUUGUUACUUCUUAUCUUCCGUUAUUCUUCCAAUUUUUGGUUCUGGAGUAAGACAACCAGUCAGUAAAAAUGAAAUGAACGAAAAACUAACACCUUUUCAUUGAGAUUGUAAGAUGUUUAUUGUCAUUCAAUGAAGCAGAUAAAGUGAACACAUGUUACUAGUGGUAGGGAAGAGGAAUGUUGGGAAAUUUACUUCUGUUGAUUAAUUUAUAUAUAUAUCAUCCCAUUUACGGUAUAAAUAAGAUUGCCUUUAUUUUUGUUGUUAUUAUUACUGUUAUCAUUAUCAGCAUCCUUGCAGUAAAUAUAUCGUAUUUUGUGUGUACUUUGAAUUGCACACAUGUUUAUCUCAUUUAUCGUUUCUGUUAACUUCACUCAGGCAAGUUGCCUAUCUUUCUUUUUUCUCUGUCUCUCAAGUUUUUCCUUAUUGGUCUGUUUGAUAAAUGUUACACAUAGUAGAGUGAAAAAGUAUUCUACAAAAAUAAUUAUUUUUAACGCCAGUAAUAAAGAAAUACAUUGAAGGUAUUUUGUUUCACA